CCCGUCUGCAUCUCUCGCGCUCACCUGCACUGGACUUUAUGAAACGCACUUCCACGGGGAUCUCGAGCCGUUCCUCUGCUGCCUACAAUCCAGGUGAUAAUAUGGAUUAACUGUCUCCGGAAGGUGCAGCUUUUUUUGUGGCGCUUUUCGAAGUUGUUCCACAUCCAGGACGAUCGGUACGGUUCGCCCCGCGCUCACGAGGAGGAUUAGAGAGGAGACGCCGUCUACUCGGAGAUGAAGACACAACAGGCUGGUCCUUCUCAGCAGAACGAUGGACGGAGAGAAAGCGGAGUGGGACUGUAACCGGGGCCUUCAUGGAGCCCUGAUACACAGGGCAGACAGCAGGUAAAUGGAGGUGCAGGACAGGAGCCGCUCCCCAUCCCGUAGAACCAGCCGGGUGGAGCAGGUGGUGGGACGAUGGCUGAGACGGUCCCGAGACCUGGGCAGCAGGUCUCACUCUCUGAGCAGGGACCGGGUUGGAGUGGAUGGGCAGUCAGCAGAGUGCAGUGGCUCUGAUCAGAGGAAUUACCCAUUUCGCUUCAUCGUCCAGAUCCAACAGGACCCGGACCUCAACUCUCAUGGCCUCACUCUGUCCUUGCAGACCCCCAUCCUGGUGCAGGAGGUAACCCCAGGUGGUCCUGCAGAUGGUCGGCUCGUUGCUGGCGACCAGCUUGUGAAGAUCAAUAACAUCGCUGUCGAUGACCUGACCCCAGAGCAAGCUGCUGAAAUAAUCAGGGAGUGUCAAGAUGUGUUGACAAUGACUGUCCUGAGAACGAUGCUGGGCCCAAAGUCAUCAUUCAUCACACCAGAGAAGAGGGCCAAGCUCAGGUCCAACCCUGUGAAGGUUCACUUCGCUGAGGAGGUUGAAGUCAAUGGCCACUCUCAGGGCAACUCGCUGCUCUUCCUGCCUAAUGUUCUGAAGGUGUAUCUGGAGAACGGGCAGACCAAGGCUUUUAAAUUUGACACCAGCACCACAGUCAAGGACAUUGUGAUGACACUGAAGGAAAAGCUUCCUCUGAGCCAUAUUGAACACUUCUCCCUGGUGCUGGAGCAGCGGCACAGCAUUUCAAAACUACUGCUGCUACAUGAAGAGGAGAGGAUACAGCAGGUGGUCCAGAAGAAAGAGGCCCACGACUACAGAUGUCUUUUCCGUGUUUGUUUCAUGCCCAAAACCCUCCCGAUGCUGCUGCAGGAGGAUCCCAAAGCCUUUGAGUACCUCUACCUGCAGGGAGUGAAUGAUGUGCUGCAGGAGCGCUUUGCAAUAGAGAUGAGGUGUAACACCGCCCUGCAACUCGCUGCGCUGCACAUCCAGGAGAGAUUGGCGAGCUGUGGACAGUCACCAAAGACCAACUUAAAGAUGAUCACGAAGACGUGGGGCAUAGAGAACUUUGUGUCAUCCACCUUGUUGAGGAACAUGCGAGAGAAAGAUCUGAGGAAGGCCAUCAGCUACCACAUGAAGAAGAGCCAAUCACAGAACGAUCCCAAGCAGAAGGGUCUGUCAGCCGAUCAGACCCGGAUAAACUACCUGGAGGAACUGAGUAAUCUCAAGUCAUUUGGAGGGAAAUCCUUCAGUGCCACCAUGAUGCUUCAGGACAGGGAGUCGAUGGUGACCUUGUUGGUGGGGGCGCGCUACGGGGUCAGUCAGGUGGUCAACCACAAGCUGAGCAUCCUGUCCACCCUCACAGAGUUCACCAGCAUCACACGCAUCGAGCUGCUGCCUGAAUCCGACAAGGUCAGCCUGGUCAAAAUAUACCUGCAGGACAUCAAGCCCAUCACAUUGCUGUUGGAGUCAACGGCCGCCAAAGAUAUGUCCUGCCUAAUAGCAGGUUAUUGUCGAGUGUUUGUUGACCCCAACCUCAACAUCUUUCCAUGGAUACAUGACUCCAAGAAGCACAGAGUGUCUGCUGAGGAAGGUUAUGUGUCGCGAUGCGGCAGCGACUCAGACACCUCCUCAGACUUGGACAUGGAAGCGCUGGUCACCCUGGUGUCUCAUCACGAGAGGCCCUGCCAUCGUGUCAGAUCCUCAUCAGACCCAGAGGGAAGAAAAAGAAAAGACAGAAACAGAAAGAGAAACAAAGAUGGCAAAGAAAAGGUAGAUACACCUUGGGAGGAUGAAAAGCAAAAAGAAGAAAAGGAUGCUGACACUGAAAAAGAAAAGUUUCCCCUAGAUAAGAAUGGAGAGAGAAAUAGUGAAGACGCAGAGCACAAGGAGGAGACGGAAAGAGUGCAGGAUGGUCGGCAAACACAGACGGCGAUAACGGACAAUGACUCUGGGGAACAAAAGGAAAAGGUGGGACAAGAAGGUGCAGUUGAAGUGCAAGCAGCAGAGGAGCAGCCAUCUGUAUCAGAGGCAUCAGAUUCUUGUAAUACUGACUCUCGUGUCAUUACCAGCCCCUCCAGCGACUCUCUCGACGCUUUGGAGGAAGAUGACUUAAUUUCAUGUUCUUCCUCCUCCAUCCACUUCACUGCUCCCUUAACAAUUCAUAGCCACUCCCCUGUUCAGCUUCAUCCCUACUCUCAUAGGCACAUUCAGCCACACCUCCUCGCCCCUCCACCAGCUCACGCCCAUCCUCUCAUCCACCUCACAACUCACGACAGACAAGCAAGGGGCUGCAGGAGGUCGGGCGACGGCGCUGACCCCCAGGUCCUCACGAUGGUCUCUCCCUCUCCAAGCCUUCACCAUAUUCAAAAAUGUUCAGGUAACCCCUGCUCUGAUGACAGUUCCAUGUGUUUCGCUGAGCUCUCCCGCCUCGUGGACUUCCUGCCAAGCCCUCCGGAGGCCAGCGAGGACGAUGAAGAAGAGGAGUUGAGGAGGAGGAGGAGAAAGUCGUCGAGAAGAGCAGGUGAAAGAGGAAGCAUAAACACUGACAGCAGUUUUAAAGAACAUCCACUAUCCCCGUCCCCGUCCUCCCACAUCGACUUUGUGUUUAACUUUGACCAAAGUGACGCUCGCUGCUACUACAAACUCUGCUCCAACAUCACCCCCGACAGCGCUCGCAGCCUUGCCCACCCCCUGCAUCAUAAUGAGGGAGAACACUGGAAGGAGGUGGAGGAAGAUUUGGCUAAGGCGGUUGACCUGGAGCCUAUCCCAAUCCUUCAGCCACCACCUGGCUUUGGAGACAGCAGCUCUGAUGAGGAGUUCUUUGACGCCAGAGAUCGCUUCACCUCACCUGAAGACUCAACCUCGGGGGCCAUGCCAAGAGAUAUUCGCACAGAGAUGAAACUGGACUUCCUCAGCACACUCAGCCUCAGUGACAUUAGAGUCUCGGUGACAGAUGCAGACAAACAUGGAAAAGAGGAAGAAGGCAGAAAAGUAGGAGACGAGGAAGGAGGAGGCAGAGAAACAUUGUUUCAGCUCAGAAAAAGAUCCCGUAAGCGUCGUUCCUUCAUGGAAACCGAUUAUACCUCUAGGGUGUCAUAUCCAGAGCCAGAUCCAGAUAUGCAGGAUCUGGUCUCUAGUAGGCUUUAUAAGAACUUCAAGGCUGAAGCCAAUGAAGCACAGAUACUGAGUUCAGAUCCUGAACCUUCAGAGCAAACCCAGAAUCCCAGUCCUACGGUCUCCUCUUUGACCCACUCUGAAGGGGAACCGAGUCAGCUCGAGUCAAAGCCCAUUCUGUCUAAACCCCACUCGCAUGGACCUGGCUCUCCUUGUAGUUUGGGGUCUCAUGACCCACAGGCCACCUCCAGGACCAGGAAACAAGAAAUGGAGAUGGAACCUGACGCAAUGGAAUCCAAAUCAGUCACAGAUCUGGUGAAGGCAGCAUCUCCUACCAUUACCGUUGUUCGCUGCCGGGUGGAUCCAGAUGGAAAGGAGAGUGCUGAUCGGAGGGGUGACGGAAAGGAGGAAGGGGAAGAACAGAAGGAGAUGAGUGAGGGAGAGGAGGAAGAGACUGCAGGUGUGUCGGGGAAAGGGACGUUCACUAAUCAUAUGUUUUUGCCAGAAAGCACUGAAGAGGAAGGUAAAGGGGAAGAAGAGAAGAAAGAGGGGGUGAGAGGGAACUCAUCCAGUUCAAAGAGACCACUCAUUGGUGCCGAGAGGCAGCCGGAGGCCAACACACUGCCUACAUGUUUGAUAGAUGUGACUAAAAAGACGAGUAAUGGCCUUUUGGGAGACCAUCUGAUUGCCCUCGAGCAAAACUUGUAUAUAGAGGAACAAAUGCUUGACGGUGUAUGUGAAAAGUCAAACCCUCCAUACUCACCUCCACCCUCAUCCCCUCUUCCUCCAAUACCAGUUCUUCACAAAUCCCAAAGUGACUAUUAUUUGAUGGGAGAGGUGGGCAGUGAAAACACGGGAACCUCAACCAAAAUGUCUUCAUCUUAUUCUGAGGAGAUGUCACAAAGAUAUACUAACAGAGCACAAUUACAUUUGGACGUCACCACCAGUAUUAUUGAGGAUGAUGCCAACGUUGUUGUUAGCUCCACUAUGACUAAUAGCGAUGAAGUUACAGACAGCACCAAUUCGGACAAUGUGUUUUUUGAUGAUGACCUGAGUAAUUCCUUAACUCCGAGUUCAAGUGACAAGAAAGAUGAGUGCGCUGUAGCUACUAGGCAUAGCAUCAGUGCAACCUUGGCUCCAGCAAGUGAAGGUGAGUCUCAAAUUAUUAUCAAGUCUCCCGCGAACAUUGAAGCUCAUACAAGAAUUAGUUCAGUAAAUUCUGACUAUACUCGUGCUAUAAACUCUAUCACUGCAAAGCUUGGAGUUGCAACAAGUGCCACGUCGCCUACAUUUAAUUCAGGUACCAGUUUGAGAGUUGAGGUUUCACAUGAAAGCGCUUCAGGUUUGAAUCAAAAUGUCGACAAACCCAUAAGUGAUUCCACUAUGCAAAGUGCUGAAGCUAAAAAUAGCUUAGCUGGUCCUAGCUUAGCGAAAGCUACUACAGUCACAAUACACAAUCUCUCCAAGACGCCUCCUUCCCCAACUCACUUCCUCUUCCAGACCUGUUCCCCGAGCAUUAUGGGUAGCUUAUCUGCCUCCACACUCAGAGGGAAGAUUCAAAGGUUGCCCCUUUAUUUAUCACGCUCCCUGGAAACCCUCAACCAAGCUGGGGUGGGGAAUGUACCUCAGAGUUCAGUUGAGGACAAGAGUAGGGAUGAAGUCAAAGUCACCAUUAAAGUUACGGACGUUGAUGACAUCACACAGACUAUAGACUUCGAAACGGGCACAACUGCAGAAUCUGUGGAGUCAGACGAUUCGGAUACAACGGUUACAGGAUCUGAGGUGGACGGGGAGUUUGUUGUUGAAACAAACUCGGCCAAGAGUUUUCAAUCAGUGUCAGAGGUGAAGGAAGUAAGCCCUCCAUUGCCUGUCCAGACUGAGCCCAAACCCCAACACCAGCAUCUGCAUCUGUACACUGGACCUAUCAAGAACACAUCAGGACCAAUAACGGAUCCUCCGGCCUCCAGAGUGAGCAGCCUCCAAAGAGACUCUUCAGGCCUACACAUGGAAACUCCUGGCCCUAUAAAAGAUGCUCCAGAAUCAAAGAUGAAGGUUACAAGUCCAGGUGAAGACUUUCCAGGUUAUAAAAUGAAUUAUCAGUUGCGUUCUAUUGCCCAUCCGAUAGUGGUGACCACACAGAAUCUAAAUGGACCAGUACUCCCUUUUCAUAGUCAGGCACAGAAAGUAAGACGGACCAGUAGUGACAGACCUUUGAUUGGUCUUUGUAGGCCUACAGUGAAUAAUUCAGACUCACCAAAAACACUUUCUUCAGGCUGUAGGGUGUUUACUAUCUGUGAGGAUCCAGCCCAGACAAAGAGCCCAGCUAUGGUGGGGACUACACCACCCUUGAAGUCUGAUUUUGGCUGCACUUCAGUACUAGCAUCUGGAUGUGAGUCAGUAGUGGAAGGGGUGCAGGUGCCGCUGGAUGCUUGUGGUUGCCCAACGGUCUAUACCAACUGCUUCAGCAGCGGGGACAGCUUCGACGAGGAGCUGACGGUCUACGAGUUCUCCUGCCGCACAGAGAGCAGCGAUGUGACUCAGACUUCUGGAGCAGGUCUUCCUCUCAUGACCUCUCCACCCAUUUCCUCUUUUCUCUCCACCUCAUCCACCCACUCUCCCUCCUUCCCACGCUCCAACAUUUUCUCCUCCUCUACCUCUGAGCUCAGCCCUCUCCUCUCACCAUUAUCUGACUCCUCUGACCGUUUCCUGCCCCAAACGCACAAGGACACCAUCAGUCGGCUAGGCCAGCAGCGCUACCCAGAACCCCCAACAGGUUUCCAAGUACUCCGCAUAGAUGUGGAUCAGCUCCUUUCCAUUCUGGAAAGUACCGGUGCUGACAGAUCCGUAGCAGGCCAUGGAGGUCGCCACCCAAGGGACACCUGCCCUGCCCACUUUACAGAGAACAAGAGGGUGCUACAGAUAGAGGCACGGCGGCUGAUGUCCGGCUGCCAGAAGGUGGUGGGGAUUGGCCAGAGCCCAGAGGAAAUGCUUCAUUCCCUGGCUGACAGUUUCCGGACUCUGGUGGAGUUGGCAGGUAUAUGCCUGUGGUUCUCUGGUUGCGAAAGGUGUGACCGUAGGAACGCAGAGGCAGUUGCAGGUCUGGCAGAUGUGGCCCGUUCAUUCAGGGACUUCUGUCUGGCAGCAGAGCGGGCCAGCAGCAAGCGCAGCUGCCAGGACCUGAGCUCCAAGCUGCUGGCGAAACAGUGCACCGCCCUCACCGCCUCGGUCUUCUGCCUCACUCAGCUGUUCCGCACCCUCACUGCACUAUGAGUGAACCACAAUCUCUGAAGUCUUUUGAGGAGACCUUGAAGCAACCUGUGGUGUUUAAUCUCAGAUCCUCGAGGUCACCAGGGAGCCCACAGCUGAUGCAGGUGUGACUCAGGACAGUCAUGUUUAGGAUGGGCAGUGUGAGGUGAGUUACCUCAGACACACAGUGGUGUCACUGAGCUCCAUCACAGCUCAAAGGACAACAAGAACUCUCAACACCAUGGAGCCAGUUUGAGAUCCUCGAGGUGCAUGUGGUUACUGACUAUAUGCUGUGCACGUACUGUAGCCGACAAAACAAACAGUCAGCCAACAAACAGACUGCAGAGUGGUGCUGCUUGUUUUCCAGUAUUGAGGAACUGAUGUACUUGAAUGUAUUCUAUGUUAUCGAUUAUGUUUAUUUAUUCAUUAAUUUAUUUAAUUACAGGUUAUUACAGUGAGCAAAUAAGGAAUGUAAAGACAAGGAAGAAAUACAUUAGGAAAUGUUUACAGGCAUAUCUGAGGAUGGAGGAGAAGUGGGCCUUUUACACACAUACACAAGCACACAACCUCAAAUACACAGUGAAUCAGUAUUUGAUUCCCUUCCUACACAUGCCUUUUGUGUGACUGACUGACCAUGUUUGGAUAUGGAACACUGCAGUUUACUGAUGCUUAUAUAUCUUUACAUUCUCCAGGUGGCCAGUGAGGACUUCUUUGAAUGUUACUGUUUACAAAACCCCAAAACUAGACUGAGAUAUUAUUUGCUUAAAUCACACAAAUCAAGCCUGAAACUGUAUUGGCUAUUUUAUAAAUCUAGUAGCAGAAUGCUGAUGUAUACGAAACAGUUUGGAUGAGAUACAUCUCUAUACACAUUUCAUUUGUUUUCGCAUUCAGUAUGGUUUAUGGAAAUGUAAUGCAUUUGCUAGCUUUUCUCUUGUUUAUUUGUCAACACUUUCUUUCUCCACUUCCAGUGGAAACACUGAACCCAGUGAAUGGUCAUGUGGCUGUCAACCACCAGUCUUUUCCAUACAAUACUUUUAUUUGUUUCUCUUUAGUACUAAUGUCCAUUGAGAAGAAUAAUCUCCAGAAUGAUAUUGGAGACUUGGUGACACUUCCCAAUAUAUAUUUAAUGUUACAUAUUUAAUGUUACAUUGUUUAUGGGAAUUUUAAGAGUCUUUGCAAGCUUUUCAAGAUCAUAACAACUUGCACGCCUCUCUGAGCUUUGUGGACAGUCAGGAACGACUUAGACUAUGACUUUGUCCCUUACACUAAGUGCAUUAUUAUUACAGAUUUCCCAGUAUGACUACAACAAGAAACCAGUGACUGAGCAUGGGCGCAGAUAGCCAAAGCAGUGCAGGAUUACACAGGCUAUCUGUAUGUGCUUUUCCAUCUUUUGAUCAACAUAUUGAGGGAGAGGGUCAGGGAACAUCUGUCAAACUGACCCAAGCAUUGGUUGACAGUCUAUCGUUGGAGUUUCUUGAACUCAACACAUUCGCCACAGAAACAUGUGCAACCCUGAUUUACGUGAAGCUUAUUAUUGUGGAUAAGCUGACAUAUUACAGCAUUUUCACUUGGAAUGUUUCUUAAAAUAAAAAGGAUUGAUGCACACUGGACCUGCAUGUUCACUGGAGAAAUUAAAGUUCCACCGCUGCAGUGCUGGGAACGCAAUCUAUUUCAAACAGUGUUUCUAUAUACAGUAUAUAUUUAUAAUGGCAAUUGAAACUGUAUUGUUUACUUGUCCUGUUUUGUUCCCUGGGGUUGUAAACAAAUAUAAUGUCCUCUAUUGUAUUCCCAAUGUUCAGCAGUGAAGAAUUUCAUUACUUUUAUGAUCUCCAUGAGAAAAUUUCCCCAAACAAAUAAUGGAAAACUUGUCUAAAUAAUCUGUGCUCACAAAGCAUGCUGUAAUAAGCCAUAAAAUGCAUUAUUGUUUAAUCAGGGAUUUUAUCUGUGAAUGACUGAAUGAUGGCGUCUGCUCUUGCUUUGUAAUGCUCAACCCCCACCAUUAAAAACAAUGUCAAGA